AUGCACAUUUUGCAUUCGUGCGUGGGUACGAAUAAUAAGCCAAGUAUUUGCUCUCUCGUGAUAGAAGCGGUACCUCGAACUUGGCACAUGAAACCGGAACUUCAUUGCAAUCCCGUGGGAGUUCCGGCGGGCGCCUUGUCACCCCCGGCUACCCUCUCGCCACCCGGCAGCCCCAGCAUAAUCACGCUGCCAUCCUCGCCUUGGAGCCCAGGUGUACCGGGAAGCAGUUCGAGCAUCGCAUCCACUAAUGCAUCUUCGAAUCUUUGUCAACCUGUCCCCGAUCGUUUCAGCGCCUUCACCCUCGUCUCGAAUUACAAUUCCGAUCUGAGACUGCAAAGUCUACCACUCAGCGCUAGCGUUGCCGCGCGAGACAUGCGUUGCGGUCUUAUGUACGGUGGCUAUGGGGCAUCUGGGAGUGCCUGGUGGCGUCACAUGGGCCUGCUGUUGCCACAUAGUUUGCUCCCGCCUACGAGAAUCCCAUCCCAACAGACGACGCCGGUCACGAAUUGCUCGCCUAUUCAUUCGGAACCUCUCAGUCCGGCACGUCCCGGUUCACCCCGAAGAUGCACGCCGGAGAAGGCCAAAUUCGAAGAGGAGGCGCCAUUGAACCUCAGCACGAAGCCGAGCGACGUCUCGUCGAGUAUCGGCAGCAGGAAAAGUGAAAUCUGGUCACCGGGUUCAGUGUGUGAGAGGGAGGCCAGGGAAACGAGAGCACCGUCCUCCAGGAGUCCGUCCUCGACCCCUAUAAUUACGCGGCAAAUUCAUCAUUCACCACUUACACCGCCCUCCUCGACGGAAAGAACUUUUCAAUGUAAGCAGUGUGGUAAGGCUUUCAAACGGUCAAGCACGCUUAGUACUCACCUGCUGAUCCACUCCGACACGAGACCUUAUCCCUGUCAAUAUUGUGGCAAGAGGUUUCACCAGAAGUCGGAUAUGAAGAAGCACACCUACAUCCAUACUGGAGAGAAACCACACAAGUGCGUCGUGUGUGGCAAGGCAUUCUCCCAGAGCAGCAAUCUGAUCACGCACAUGCGUAAGCACACCGGCUACAAGCCGUUUCAGUGUGGGCUUUGUGAUAAGGCGUUCCAGAGGAAGGUCGAUCUACGUAGGCAUCGGGAAGGUCAACAUCCGGCGGCGCCGGCGCUCGAUUAUCGCUCUCUGCAGAUACCACCGCAGCAGCAUCAACAGCCAAAUGGCAACCGGCACUCACCGUUACCACCGCACUCAGCAUCCUCCGCGGGUUACCACGUGAUAUCCGUUCCUGGCAGUAGCUGA